AUGCAAGUGCUUAGCCCUUCAAUGCUAUUUGCACCCCCAAAUGCAAAUGAAAGUUUCAUGAAUGAGCAAAAACAAUGUGAUGAUAAUACAUCUUCUCUACCAUUGCAAAUUACCAACAUACCCUCAGAGUUCAUAUGGCCAGAUCAUGAGAAACCAUGUUUAGCUCCACCAAAACUUGAAGUUCCACCUAUUGACUUAAAAGCUUUUCUAUCUAAUGAUCCAGAAUCCAUUUCAAAUGCUUGUUCAAAAGUGAACCAUGCAUGCAAAAAACAUGGUUUUUUUCUUGUUGUUAACCAUGGUGUUGAUAAUGAGCUUAUAGCUCAAGCUCAUAAGCUUGUUGAUGAAUUCUUUUGCAUGCAGCUAUCUGAGAAACAAAGAGCUCAAAGAAAGAUUGGUGAACAUUGUGGUUAUGCUAAUAGUUUCAUUGGAAGAUUUUCUUCUAAGCUUCCAUGGAAGGAAACACUCUCUUUUCGUUACUCUGCGGAUGAAUCGCGCAGAACUGUUGAGGACUAUUUUGUCAAUAUCAUGGGAGAAGAUUUCAGACAAUUUGGGAUUGUGUACCAAAAGUAUUGUGAAGCUAUGAGCAAUCUCUCACUUGGGAUAAUGGAGCUUCUUGGUAUGAGCUUAGGAGUUGGCAAAGAAUAUUUUAGAGAAUUUUUUGAAGGAAAUGAGUCAGUAAUGAGAUUGAAUUACUAUCCACCAUGCAAAAAUCCAGAUUUAGCAUUAGGAACUGGACCUCAUUGUGACCCUACUUCACUAACCAUUCUCCACCAAGAUCAAGUUGAAGGUCUUCAAGUGCUUGUGGAUGGAAUAUGGCACUCAGUUGUUCCUAAAGAAGAUGCUUUUGUGGUCAACAUUGGUGACACAUUUAUGGCUCUAUCAAAUGGGAUAUUCAAGAGUUGCUUGCAUAGAGCGGUUGUAAAUGAUGAAAUAGUGAGAAAAUCACUUGCAUUUUUUCUAUGUCCAAAUGAAGACAAAAUAGUCACUCCUCCAAAAGAGCUUAUUGACAAAGAGAAUCCAAGGAAAUAUCCAAACUUUACAUGGCCAAGUUUGCUUGAAUUUACACAAAAGCAUUACAGGGCAGAUGAAAGAACACUUGGUGCUUUUGCAAUGUGGCUACAAGAAAAAACAACUACUUAG